GACCCACAGACCGGCCGAACCUCCGAACCUUGGAUCGGUCUCUGCCUGCGGGACCUCUGCCGCUCAGUGACCGCCUCAGUGACGCCGCCGCCCCGCAUGGAGCCGCGGGGAUUCCUCCACAGCCUGCAGCGCUCCGGAGCCGCUUUGGUUUGAUUCUAACGGAACCAUAAGUUCGGUUCGGCCGCCCGCUCCGCCCGCUCCGCCCGCUCCGUCUCCCAGCAGGCCUCCGUCUCCUCCGUGACUCCAGUUCCCAUGCGAUUCUUCAGACUCACAUUCAAGUGCUUCGUGGAUUGUUUCUGAAGGUCGCGACCCAAAGUCGGCUCCCAUUUUUCCUUUUGAUUUCAGUUUGACAGAAAAAAAAAAAUUUAUUUUAAGAAUAUUUCUCAGUUUCUGUUUUUGGUCUAUUUUUAACUAAUUGUUUAAAAAUAAACUGAACACAUCAAUAAAAAAUAAAAAAUAAAGUGUUUCUCAGAGAGGAGAGGGUCCACAGGGGACUGAACUGGACCUGCUGGGUCUGACUGGUUCUACCUGGAGGUGGACUGGGAUUACUGGAAGGUUACUGGUUCUGAACUGGUGUGAGAGGAGAAGCAGACAGAGACUGACUGGGAGAGACUUGGAGCAGCUGUGGAAAGUUAGAAAGCUGCAAAGUUUGAUCAAAGGGAAUAUUUAAACUGACUGGUUCUGAAAAGCUCUGACUGGUUCUAACUUGGUUCUUACUGGUUCUAGAAAUAGUUUAGAUUGAAAGGGAAAGGGGAUCAAAUCUGAGGUAACAAGGGAAACCCAUAAAACCAGUAUAGUGUUUCUUACUGGUAUCUCUGACUGGUUCUGAUUGGUUACUGGUGUCUGACUGGUAACCUUAGUUUGGGAAAGAAUCUGAAAUCUGAGAAGAAGAAAACAGCCGUUUGGGGGUGACUGAGACUGGACAGUAGAACUUUUACUGGUUCUGGACUGACGCCUGAUUCCUGACUGGGUCUGUACUGGUUCCAGUCCUGCCAGCGAUGGAGAAACAGGCUCUGCCCGCCUCCCCCUGCUCAGUGGUUCAUCUGGAGGACACCAAGAAGAACUCGCUCCUCCUGUCCAACGGCAGCGGCUACCCUCCUGCAGCCGCUAAUGGCAGCCUGGUCCCGGCGGCUGGUCCGGGUGCAGCAGGCGGUCCUGCACCGGAUAAGAGAGGGGGCCCCGUCAGCGGGGUGGGCCCCGGGUACCAGGAGCGUGAGACCUGGACCCGGCAGAUGGACUUCAUCAUGUCCUGUGUGGGCUUCGCUGUUGGACUCGGAAACGUGUGGAGAUUCCCCUACUUGUGCUACAAGAACGGAGGAGGUGUCUUCCUCAUCCCGUACCUGCUGAUCGUCUUCGUGGGAGGAAUACCCAUCUUCUUCCUGGAGAUCGCGCUCGGUCAGUUCAUGAAGGCCGGCAGCAUCAAUGUGUGGAACAUCGCUCCGCUCUUUAAAGGUCUGGGCUACGCCUCCAUGGUCAUCGUGUUCUUCUGUAACACCUACUACAUCAUGGUCCUGGCCUGGGGCUUCUACUACCUGGUCAAGUCUUUUACCUCCACCCUUCCGUGGUCCAACUGUGAAAACGACUGGAACACGCCUAACUGCCUGGAGAUCUUCCACCACCAGGACUGCAAGAACUCUAGCCUGGCCAACGCCACGGUCGGCAGCGGGAACCUGACCUGCUCGGACCUGGCCGACGCACGCUCGCCCAUCAUUGAGUUCUGGGAGAACAAAGUGCUGAACAUCUCGUCUGGUCUGGAUGAACCCGGGGAGUUUAACUGGGAGCUGAUCUUGUGUCUGAUAACCGUCUGGAUUCUGGUUUAUUUCUGCGUCUGGAAAGGAGUGAAAUCCACCGGGAAGAUUGUUUACUUCACUGCAACGUUUCCAUACGUGGUUCUCAUCAUCCUGCUGGUCCGAGGAGUUACUCUGCCAGGAGCCUAUGAUGGCAUCAUGUACUACAUCAAACCGGACUGGUCCAAACUGGGAGAGGCUCAGGUGUGGAUAGAUGCCGGCACCCAGAUCUUCUUUUCCUACGCCAUCGGACUGGGAGCGCUGACUGCUUUAGGAAGCUACAACCGCUUCAACAAUGACUGCUACAAGUAAAACACAGUCUUAAGCUGGAACUCCACCUCUAUCUACUCCACCUCUAUCUACUCCACCUCUAUCUACCUUUAUGUUAGAGAACCUCAGAUCCUAGGGCACCUGCCAAACAAUAAGAAGGUCUAUUUUUCAAGAAUUUGUCUUCCAGGUCCAGGUCUGGCCUUCAUUGCAUAUCCUAAGGCGGUCAGUCUGAUGCCGGUAGCUCCACUCUGGGCCGCUCUCUUUUUCUUCAUGUUGUUGCUGCUUGGACUCGACAGUCAGUUUGUCGGCGUAGAGGGCUUCGUCACGGGGAUUCUGGAUCUGUUUCCCGGCGGUUAUUACCACCGAUACAAACGUGAGAUCGCCGUGGCGAUCUGCUGUUUACUCUGCUUCGUUAUCGACCUCUCCAUGGUGACACAGGGAGGAAUGUACGUCUUCCAGUUGUUUGACUACUACUCAGCCAGCGGGAUGACGCUGCUGUGGCAGUCAUUCUGGGAAUGCAUUGUGGUUGCCUGGGUCUAUGGUGCUGACCGGUUCAUGGAUGAUGUGGCUCGUAUGAUUGGCUACCGGCCGUUUCCCUGGAUGAAGUGGUGCUGGUCUUUCAUAACUCCGUGUGUCUGCAUGGGCAUCUUCCUGUUUCACCUGGUGAACUACAAGCCUUUAACCUACAACAACGUGUACGUGUACCCGUGGUGGGGCGAGGCCAUCGGCUGGUGUCUGGCUCUGUCUUCCAUGCUCUGCAUCCCCGUCAGUCUCCUCUACAAGCUCUUCCGAGCUAAAGGAACCUUCAGAGAGCGCUGGGCCCACCUGACCAACCCUGUGUGGGGGCCCCACCACCUGGAGUACAUGGCCCCUGACAUCAAGUCCCUGAGUUCGCUGAGCCCCGGCUCCGAUGACAACAAGGUCAUCAUCUUCGAGAGCGUCAUGUAGACCAGACUCCGCCCAUCCCACUGAGACAAGAUGGCCGACCUGCAUCUCCACCUUCGCCUCCUGUUCCAGGCAUCUUAAAUCAGCUGGACUCUGAUUGGUCACCAUAGCAACCAUAGCUUUACACUCCCCUCUCCCAGAUUCCUCUGGGAUCGCUGCUGAAAGUUCUGCGUCUGUCCGGACUCCGUCUGCCUGUGAGGGUGACGGGUUCAGUUCAGUCUUGGGUCGGAUGGUCGGCCGGGUCAAACCAGAACCCGAUAAACAGUCAUGAUGGACUCUCUGUCCGCGGGAUCCUCCGGUAUCAGAUCCUUCAGCGGGCAGAGUUUGGAUCAUUGCUGAUUGUCGGGACAGACAGAGUUCUAGACAAACGCCUCGACUGAAUCCCCCCAACGUUCGUCAGCGGUCCAGUCCAGAGCUCAGACACCAGAACUGGGUUUGGAAAAGUUUUAGUUUUUUUCUGGUGUUUGGCUGCAGGACCGAAGCAGAAACCUCCUGAACCGCCCCUGAAUGCACCACGCCGGCUGAAAGCGGACCUGCGUGUCAGGGAGCGCCGCUCGCUUCCCGUCGAACAGCUGAUCCCAGAACAGAUACCGGACCAGAACCAACGAUGUGAUAAGAUAACUUUUUUGUACUUUUUGUUUGAAGCUUGUUGGUCCUACAAAAUAUUUUCUAUAUUUUUUUUUUUUACCCAACAAAUUUUUUUCCAUUGAUUUAUUUUUGAUAGUAAAUACAUGAAAACAAGCAGAAGAUCCAAAAUCUUCUAUUAGCUUAAAGGAGGGGUCACCAACGUGCUGCCCACGGGCACCAAGGGGCCCCUGGGGGCCACGUAUGGUGACCUCAGCGUCUUCUGAAAAAAGCACAACUCACUAAUGAGCUAAGUUUGAAGUUUUGUAUUAUUUUCCUGGUCUUCUUUUUUGGAUUUAUAGAGAUUUCAAAAUGACAAAAUCUGAAAGAAAAUUACAGACUGAAGGAAACAUUAAAAAUAAGUUGAUUAUGCAUGAAGUUCAUCAUCUCAGGAGGUUCUGGUCUGGGAUCCGAUCGGGUCAGAUGUUCUACUGUAUUACUGCCUAUCCUCGUUUAUUUGGAGUGCCAAAAGGUUGAUGUCCGUCCUGAUCUGAGAACAGGGUUGCAGGCUGCCAAUGAUCCUUUCGGACUCUGCCUCAUCGACCCUCCGGUCCUCUCCUCGACCCCGCCUCUGUCGGUUCUGCUCAGGUUUUGUUCCCUUUCAAAAACGGUUCUGUUCAUCAGAACCAGAAACGUUUCAGACGACGAUUCUCUGCUUUUCAGGCAGAGGUCCUCUGCAGCCCCAGAAUAAGAACCGUUUAGGUCCGAACGUUGCUGAGCUGCAGCCGGAGGGGCGGGGACAUCCGAUGAGAGCCGGAAGACUCGAUGCGCCGCCAAGUGUUGCCUUAAGUCGCUGUCUUAACCUCUCAGAGCCGAAACCAUCGUCUAGCCAAAGUCUGAGCACCCUACGGGACGUCCUGUGCAAAGUCGGCAGCCUGUCUACAACUCUGUCUCCUAGCAACCACUUAGCAUCCCGCCAUCAGUGGGAAAAACAUGGGUUAGAAUGUAGGGAAACCACAUCCGUUUGCACAUUGCUGUGAAAUAAUCUCGCUCGCACUUUCAAAAGAAUUAAUAGAAGAAAUCCUUUUUUUUAAUUUAUUUUCUACAGGCUUUUAUUUUGCUGAUAGAUAUAAAAAAAAAAUCUAUAUAUUGAUUACCUUUGGUAAGCUAUAUUUGAUGCAGUAUUUUACUGGAGUGAUGAUGAUGAUGAUGAUGAUGAUGAUGAUGAUGAUGAUGAUGAUGAUGAUGAUGUUUGAUCACUUUCAUUUGGCAAACACCAGCAAUGCUUCAUCCAACCCUUUCAGGCCUACCUCAUUUCCCAUUUGGAUUUUCAAAAUAAAACACCCCUCAUCUCUUUUUAUGCAAACGCUAUCGGCAGCUGUCGGAUCAGUUUUUCUGUUCUGACAGAUUUCUUUAAUCCGAUGCUGCCCCGCCUUCUGGUCGCUGUCCGAUCGACUGGUGUGAGCAAAUCGUAAAGGCCGGUGCUUUUAUUCUGGCGGGUUCGCUGCAAUGAAAGUUUGGGGAAACAAUUUGUCCUUUUAUUAGAAUGUUCCAAGUGCUAAAGUGUUUUUAGAGUUUUAGCUUCCAAAAGAUUUUCUGUGUUUUCUCCCUCCGACUUCCCAAGGCUCACCUUCUUAAAAAAAAGUAUUUAUUCUUUGUGAUGUUGGGUUAGUUUUCACUCCAAGAAAGUUAAAAAUCAAUCCACUGGACUUUGUUUCCAAGUUUGAAGACGUUUCUCUUCCAUCCAGGAAGAUUUUUCAAUUCAAAUUGUCAGAAAUAGCGUUUAGUUCCAGGUUUUAUACAGCUGUUCUUUCGGUUCAAUUUACAUGUUUUCAAAGCCAAAACAAGGCUUUAUUUUUACAACCUUUUCGCAAUGACUAUGACCUGGAUGACUGAGAAUCUUCACCAGCGUUAGUUUUCACUCUGUGGCAGAAUUUAGUCAGAGACCGAAACAGUCUAACAGCGCUGCUUAAAGUGGCUCAAUCUCCUCUGAAUGAUACCUGGAGCAGUAAAACAAUUAAAAUGACGCGGAAAAGGCUCCAGCUACUCAAUAAUCGGUCCAAAGCCAAAUCUGGCUUCAUCGUGAUACUGAAGUGUAGAUUUGAUGCAAGUUUGAUGGUUAAAAGAUAAAAAGUUUGUGGAUGAAGCACAGACCUCUACUUCCAAGUCAAAACCAUUAGUGAACUAAUUGAUUAUCAUUUUAUUAAACAAUCAUUUUUACUGAUCCUACUAAAAGUAGUUAUUAUAGAAUAAUUAACUGAAACAUGGAGGUGUUUGGCUUCCAGCAUGGUUGAUCUGAUCAACCAAAUAACACUUUCAUUGUAAACGUGAUUGGAAAUUCUGAUUGAGAUUUUUUUAAAUCCUGAGAGAUCAGAGAUGAUCUGAGGCAGUACAUUUAUAAUUCA